AUGGUCAGCUACGCAUUCAUUCCUCAAAAAGAGCACGCUGAUGCAUUCGGCGCAGCCAUCUUCAAUGUUGUCGUCUACCCCAUCAAUGUCAUCGUCGCCCGUCUACAAACCCAGAAACGGAAAAGCAGCAGCUCGAGCGAGAGAUCUGACGAUGACGAGAAAGAUGACGAAGAAUAUACCAGCGUGGUGGAUGCUGCCCGCAAGAUAUAUGCACAGCAAGGAGUCGCUGGCUUCUACCCUGGUCUGGCGCAGGACACUUGGAAGACCGUCGCGGAUUCGUUCCUUUUCUUUCUUGCAUAUAGUGCCAUCCGCCAGAAGAGGAUAAUCGCACAUGUAGGUGUAGAGCGAGCCGCCAAGAGCAAAAAUAUUGUCCUUCCGAUAAUCGACGAACUUGCCGUCGGUAUCUUGGCUGGCUCCUUUGUCAAGUUAUUCACCACGCCACUGUCGAAUAUCGUCGCGCGCAAGCAAAUAUCUGCGGCCCGCAAGGGUGGAAAUGGGACGAACUUGUCAACAAGUGACAUCGCAGCUCGCAUCCGCGCCGAGAAGGGUAUUCUAGGCUUUUGGUCCGGAUACUCGGCCACACUGAUACUCACCCUGAAUCCAUCUCUCACGUUCUUCCUCAAUGAAUUCCUGAAACGGACCCUCCUCCCACGCUCAAAGCGCGACAAACCGCCUCCAGCUUUGACAUUCCUGUUAGCGGCCCUAAGCAAAGUCGCCGCCUCGUCAAUCACAUAUCCCUUCUCCCUUGCGAAAACCAGAGCUCAAGUAAUGAGUUCGGACUCGAAAUCUAAGUCCGGAACUGGACAGAAGGGUAAGACCUCCCUUCUCGCAUCUCUUACCCCCGAAAUACUUUCCACCGUCGCCACCAUCGCCCGCACGGACGGUAUACCAGGGCUCUACACCGGCCUUCAUGGUGAAGUGCUGAAAGGCUUCUUUUCGCACGGUUUUACAAUGCUCGCCAAAGACGCCGUGUACGCUUUUAUAGUCAAGAGUUACUAUCUUCUUUUGAUGCUGAGACGUCGCUAUCCCACGCCCGAUGAACUUAUUCAGCGUGCCCGCGAACAGGCGGAGGAGUACACGGAUAUUGCACGCCAAGGAGCUCGUGACCUAGCGGAGAGAACAAGGGAGGGUGCCGAGGAGCUGCUGAACGCUAACUCUGGUGGUGUCGCUGCUGAUAUGACAUCAAACUCUGCAGGCGCUGCUGAUGCUGCCAGAAGUGCGAAUAAUGUAAAGGGUCCUGUCUCAUCGGUUUCUGAUUAA